AUGGCGCGCAAGUCUCCUCACUGCGCUAUGAUUGCGUACUACCGGCAGGGCGUGGCGCUCCAGUGCCUGGGCCGCCAUGCCGACGCCCUGGCCGCCUUCAGCAGCGGCCUCGCGCAGGAUCCCAAGUCACUCCAGCUCCUGGCGGGGCUUGUGGAGGCCGCCAUGAAGAGUCCCUCAGAGGUGACCACCCUGGAGCCCACCUACCGCCAGCUGCAGACGAUGCGGCUGGACAAGAGCCCCUUCGUCAUCAUCUCCGUCAUCGGGCAGGAGCUCCUCGCCGGGGGCCACUACGCAGCCGCCGUGGUCGUCCUCGAGUCGGCCCUCAAGAUCGGCACCUGCUCGCUCAAGCUCAGGGGCUCCGUGUUCUCGGCGCUCUCCUCGGCGUAUUGGGCGCUCAACUCGCUCGACAAGUGCGCGGUCUCCUACAUGCAGCAGGACCUCGCGGUGGCCAAGUCUCGGGACAUCGCCGGCGAGUGUCGGGCGCACGGGAACCUCGGCAGCGCCUACUUCAGCAAGGGGAACUACAAGGAGGCCCUCACUUCCCACCGGUACCAGCUCGUCCUCGCCAUGAAGUGCAAGGACACCCAGGCGGCGGCAUCGGCGCUGACCAGCCUAGGCCACGUCUACACCGCCAUCGGCGACUACCCGAACGCGCUGGCGUCGCACAAGCAGUGCGUGCAGCUGGUCAAGCAGAUGGGCGACAAGCUGCAGGAGGCGCGCGAGAUCGGCAACGUGGGCGCCGUGUACCUGGCCAUGGGCGACUUCGACAGCGCCGUCGACUGCCACAUGGAGCACCUGCGCAUCGCCAAGCACCUCAACAACAAGGUGGAGGAGGCGCGCGCCUACAGCAACCUGGGCUCCAGCCACCACUACAAGCGCAACUUCGACCAGGCCAUCGCCUUCCACAACCACGUGCUGCGGAUCGCGCAGGACCUGGGCGACAGGACCAUCGAGGCGCGCGCGUACGCCGGCCUGGGCCACGCGGCGCGCUGCAUGAGCGACUACGGGCAGGCGCAGCGCUGGCACGAGAAGCAGCUGGACAUGGCGCUCAGCACCAAGGACAAGGUGGCGGAGGGCCGCGCCUGCUCCAACCUGGGCAUCGUGUACCAGCUGAUGGGGCACCACGACGCGGCGCUCAAGCUGCACCAGGCGCACCUGAACAUCGCGCGGCUGCUGCAGGACCGCGCGGGCAUGGGCCGGGCCUACGGCAACAUCGGCAACGCGUACUCGGCCAUGGGCUACUACGAGCAGGCCAUCAAGUACCACAAGCAGGAGCUGACCAUCAGCAAGGAGGUCAACGACCGCAUGAGCGAGGCCUCGACGCACGGCAACCUGGCCGUGGCCUACCAGGCGCUGGGCAUGCACGAGAUGGCGCUGCUGCACUACCACUCGCACCUCAACAUCGCGCGCGAGCUCAAGGACACCGCCGGCGAGGCCUGCGCGCUCCUCAACCUCGGCAACUGCCACUCGUCGCGCGGGGAGUUCGCGCAGGCCGUGCCCUACUACGAGCAGUACCUCAUGCUGUCGCAGGAGCUGCACGACACCGAGGGCGAGGCGCGGGCGUGCCACUUCCUCGGCUACGCCCACUACUGCCUCGGCAACUUCAAGGAAGCCAUCAGAUACUACGACCAGGACCUGGCGCUGGCGAAGGACCUGCAGGACCGGAAGUCCAUGGGGAGAGCCUACUGCAACCUCGGGCUGGCACACCUCGCCCUCGGCAACUCGGAGACCGCCCUCGAGUGCCAGAAGUACUUCCUGGGUGACCUCGCGCACAUGAUGAAACACCUGCAGGGGAAGUUCCGCGCCCUGGGGAACAUCGGCGACGUGCUCAUGAAGAUGAAGAACUACGAUGAGGCCGUCAAGGUGUACCAGAAGCAGCUGGUCCUCGCCAAGCAGUCACGUGACAAGGUCCUCGAGGCGUCGGCCUACGGAGCGCUCGGCCUCGCGCACCGCCUCCUCAAGUGCUUCGACAAGGCGCUCGGAUACCACACGCAGGAGCUGACGAUCAGACAGGAGAUGGGCGACAUCAAGGGAGAGUGCAAAGCCCACGGUCACCUGGGCGCCGUGCACAUGUCCCUCGCCAACUACACCAACGCCAUGAAGUGCUACCAGGAACAGCUGGAGACGAAGGAGCUGAAGGACGCCGCCAUGGAAGCCCAGGCGUUCGGCAACCUGGGCAUCGCGAGACUCAACAUGGGCCACUUCGAGGACGCCAUCGGGUACCUGGAGCAGCAGCUGGCCACGCUCGAGCAGCUGUCCACCACGACCGCUGUGGUGGACAAGGGCCGCGCCUUCGGGAACCUCGGCGACUGCUACGACGCCCUCGGGGAUUCGGAGGAGGCCAUCAAGUGCCAUGAGCAGUACCUCGCCAUCGCCCUCAAGACCAAAAGCCCGAGGGACCAGGAGAGAGCCUACCGCGGCCUCGGGAGCUCCCACAGAUGCGUCGGGAACCUCCAGCAGGCGCUCGUGUGCUACGAGAAGCGCCUCGUCGUGUCCCACGAGCUCAACAUCCCUGCUGCCAAGGGCUCUGCUUACGGCGAGCUCGGACACAUCCACUACCUGCUGGGGAACUUCGAGCAGGCCAUCUCGUGCAUGGAGCAUCAGCACAAGAUCGCCAGAGAACUCGGCGACAAGCAGAGCGAGGGCGAGGCGGCGUGCGGGCUGGGCACCGUGUACCAGCAGAUGUGCGAGUACAGCACGGCCCUCCGCUACCACCAGCUGGACCUCAAGAUCGCCGGGGAGCUGACGAACCCAGCGGAGCAAGGGCGGGCGCACGGCAACAUCAGCCUGGCCUACGAGUCGCUGGGAAAUUUUGAGCAGGCGGUGACCCACGGCGAGCAGCACCUCAGCAUCGCAGCGCAGAUGAACGAUAAGGUGGCCAAGACGUUAGCCUACGCCUCGCUGGGCCGCGUGCACCACGCCCUGGGCAACACCACCCAGGCCGUGGCGUACCUGCAGCAGGGCCUCCAGAUCGCCGAGCAGCUGGGCCGCCGCGAGGACGAGGCCAAGAUCCGGCACCGCCUGGGCAUGGCCCUGUGGGGGCACGGCGACCUGGAGGCGGCUCAGACGCAGCUCGACCGCGCCGCCCACCUGCUCGACACCAUCCGGCGGGAGGCGCGCGGCUCGCAGGACUACCGCCUGUCUCUGUUCGACCUGCAGACGGCGUCGUAUCAGGCGCUGCAGCGGGUGCUGGUGGGCCUCGGCCGCAAUGAGGACGCCCUGCUGGUGGCGGAGCGGGGGCGCACGCGCGCCUUCGUCGACCUCCUACUAGAACGGCAGGGCGCCUCGACCUCGUCCAGGGCGUCGCGCAUCGAAGACUCGACGCCGUCGUCCGUCGACCAGAUCGUGGACAUCGUCAACCGGCAGAAGGCGUCGGUGCUGUACUACAGCAUCGCCGCGGGCUGCCUCUACAGCUGGCUCAUCGUGCCCAAUAAAGGAAUCGUGAAGUUCCACGAGGUGAGCGUGAGCGAGGUGGAGGCGGAGCGCGAGGGCGACUGCGGCGAGGACGCCGUCGGCACGUCGGGCUCGCUGCUGGAGCACUACAUCCAGUCGGUGCGCGACGCCCUCGGCGUGGAGUGCGGCGCCGGCGCCACGCGCGGCGGCGUGAGCAGCGAAACGGAGAGCGAGGCCGGCGACAUGUGGAACGCGCACCUGGAGGAGCUCGGCGACAAGCUCAACCACGAGGCCGACCGCACGGGCUUCCUGCGCAUGGUCAACCGCAACCACCUGUUCAACUCGUCCAACUACUCGCUGUCGUCGCUGUUCUCGCUCGGCUCCGUCAGCGGGUCGAUCGCCUCGGGCUCGGCCUCCAGACCGGGCUCGACGCGCUCCAGGAGGGUCACCUGGCAGGGCCCGUCGUGCCUCCGCUCGCUCUACGAGCUGCUGAUCGCGCCCAUGGAGGACCACCUGCCCGAGACCGGCGUCACGAGGGAGCUCAUGCUGGUGCUGGAGGGCGACCUGUACCUGGUGCCGUUCCCGGUGCUCAAGGGCGCCAACUCCAACGACUACCUGUGCGAGCGGUUCUCGCUGCUGGUGGUGCCGUCCAUCAGCGCGCUCAAGGUGAACCAGCGCUCCAAGAACUCCAAGCCGAGCGGCGAGCAGACGUCGGCGCUGGUCAUCGGCAACCCGAAGCUGCCGAGCACCGUGACGGAGCAGUGGGGCUGGGGCGACAUCCCCUACGCCGAGCAGGAGGCCUCCAUCGUCGCCGAGAUGCUGCAGACGAAGGCGCUGACGAGCGCGUGCGCCAACAAGGAGGCCAUCAUCCGGCUCAUCUCGCAGGUGGAGUGCAUCCACCUGGCGACGCACGUGUCGUGGAAGCUCUCGGCCGUGAUCCUGUCGCCGGGCGAGUUCGUGGAGUCGCGCGCGUCCAAGCGGCUGUCGCACUCGUCGCAGCCCGAGGCCAUCCACGAGCACCUGGACGACGAGAGCUCCGACAUCGCCUCCACCAUCGACCUGCCGGCGCUCUCCGAGUUCCUCCUGACGGCGGCCGACAUCCUCAACCUCAAGCUGAGGGCCAAGCUGGUCGUGGUGUCGUCGUGCCACACCCGCGACCACCACGGGCGCGCCAACAGCGACGGGGUGGUGGGCUUCAUCCGGGCGCUGCUGGCCGCCGGCGCCCAGUGCGUGCUGGUGUCCCUCUGGCCCGUGCCCGACACCGCCGUCAAGAUCCUCUUCAGAACAUUCUACUCCUCUCUGCUGCAGGGGGCGCGAGUGAGCCGGGCGCUGUCGGAGGCGCAGCAGACGGUCCAGACCACCAAACACUUCGCCCACCCGGCCAACUGGGCGGGCUUCCUCCUCGUGGGCGCGGACGUCAAGCUCUCGAAUAAGGUCGCGCUAAUGGGCCAGGCGCUGUGCGAACUCCUGCGAACGCCAGACAAGUGCCGAGAUGCCCUUAGAGUCACGUUGCAUUUGGUCGAGAAGUCCCUCCAGCGCAUCCACCGGGGCCACCGCAACGCCAUGUACACGACGCAGAAGUCCAUCGAGAACAAGGUCGGCAACGUGAGCGGCUGGAAGGACCUCCUCAUGAGCGUGGGCUUCCGGUUCGAGCCCGCGGCCAACGGGAUCCCCAGCAGCGUGUUCUUCCCCCAGAGCGACCCCGGGGAGCGGCUGACCCAGUGCUCGGCCAGUCUUCAGGCGCUGUUGGGUCUCUCCCAGACAUCCUUACAAGCCGUCUCGAAGCUCCUAGACUCCCCGGAAUAUGCAGAGGACGUCAUCUCCGUCAUGCGAGCUGUCAUCACCCAGUUCACCGUCAAGGACCUGGAGAACGAGUCCAUCGAGGUCCCGGUGCAUGUCAAGCUGUGGCGUGUCAACGGCUGUCACGAACUCCUGGCGUCAUUAGGCUUUGACCUUAUGGAGGUCGGGCGGGACGAGGUCACGCUGCGGACGGGCAAGCAGGCCAACAAGCGCAACAUCCAGUUCGCUCACCAGGCGCUGCUGGCGCUCUUCGACACCCAGGAGGCCCCAAAGAGCCUGAGCGUGGACUCGAGCAGCAGCCUCGAGUCCCUGGUCAGCACCGACGACGAGGAGGAGUCCGUGGCCGCGCCCCCGCCGCCGCCCCCGCCCUCGCAGCCGCUCCUGCCGCACCGCACGGCGCCGCUGCUGCUGGGCCGAGGCGCCUUCUCCAGCUACGUCAGGAACCGCGGCGAGCCCGACGGCGCCCGCGCCUCCACUAGCGAGCAGAAGGGACGCGAGAGCGACGCCGCCUUCACGCCCUCGCCCGUGGACCCCGGCGCCAAGUACGCCCGCGCCUUCCGCUCGCCGCACGGCCCGCCCAGCGACACGGGCUCGCCGCAGCCGUCGCCGCGGCUGUCGCUGACGCUGGCGCACCAGAACAAGAUCCGCUCCAUGUACACGUCCAACUCGCCGGCCAGCGACGGCGGCGGCAAGCGGCCCGACAGCUCGUCCAGCACCAGCAGCAUGACGGACUGGGAGAGCGGCCAGGCCACGGUGCGGCGCCAGCCCAUCGCCAAGCCCGUGAUCACCUCCAAGGCGCCCAUCUCCGCCACGCACAGCCGCGUCAGCGACGUCAGCGCCGGCUUCAUGCGCCCGCACUACGUGUCCAUCAACAAGAGCAACUCGCAGGCGUCGUCGGGCUUCGAGUCGCAGAGCUCCGACUCCGACUUCGGGCCGCGCCGCACGGGCACCGUCAGGAGCGUGUACACCACGGUGGGCAGCGCGUCCACGCUCAAGCUCAGCAAGAGCGCCACCAUGGACACGCUGGACCGCCUGAGCGUGCGCACGGAGGUGGGGCGGCCCGUGGUGGGCGGCGCCCGCGGCCGCCGCGACCGCAGCACCGAGCGAGAGCUGUCCGGCGACAGCGCGGAGGGCCAGGCCGCGGGCGCCAGCGCCGCCGUCGUCAGCACCGGAGCCGCAGAGAGCGGCGAGACGCGGUCGGUGCAGACGCGGAAGAUGCCGGAGGUGCAGCUGGACUCGUCCAUCGGGAAGCUGCUGCGGCCGCGCACGAACCACGCGGCGACCAUCCACGAGAACGACUCGCUGUACAACUACCGCUCGGGCGACGAGAUGUCCAUGAAGAUGGGCCACAUGGGCCACAAGAGCAUCCAGGACCACAUCAUCGCCACGCAGAUGUCGCGCCUCAACCGCGAGAUGCCCAUCAGCGACGUGUACCACGAGCGCAACCUGGGCCUGGGCCUGGCGCCGCCGCUCUCCAAGCUGCUCAUGUCGGCGGCGCAGCCCAUCGUGGCGCCCGACCACGCCGACGCGGAGACCAAGUCGGCCUCCGAGGACAGCUUCGGCAACUUCGACAAGCUGUCCCUGGCCGACGACAACCAGCUGGCGCUGCCGCCCAAGCCCGACUUCAAGCCCAAGCCGCCGCCCAUCCCGCCCAAGCGCUUCGGGCCCAAGCCCUGGGUGUCGGCGCACCCGCAGGUGGCCAACAUGGGCGUGAGCCUGGAGACGUCGAGCGGCCUCCCGCAGGCGAGCGUGGCGGAGCUGAGUCGCCGCGACGAGGGCGACGGCCGCUCCAUGACGGACUCGCACUACUCGGGCUACUCGCCCUCGCGCGGCGCCGGCGCCAGCAAGCCCGCCGAGCUGAGCGGCCCCAUGGCGCCGCCCGCGCAGGGCAGGGGCUACUACGAGCUCAAGAACAGCGCGGGCGUGAGCGGCGCCGAGAGGGAGCAGGACACGCUGGGCGCGGGCCCGCAGCGCCCCGACGAGGCGCUCCUGCACACGGUGGCCGACCUGCACACGUACGCGGCCUUCAACCCCGCCUACGAGCACGACGAGCCCCUGGCCAUGGGGUCGGUGGGCGCGCGCAUCGGCUCGUCGGAGAUCGCCGAGUACAUGGAGCAGCUGCUGGGCACGACGGAGCCGUCGGAGAACGACCAGUCGGACGAGGCGUCGGAGGCCAAGGCCAAGACGUGCAAGCGGCCCGGCAAGCACCCCGUGGCCUGGAGCAAGGCCAAGGGCCACAAGCAGUUCUCGCACCACACGCAGCAGUCGUCGUCGUGCUAGCCCUCGGCGGGCGCCCCGAGCGAGGCCCGAAGGGGGAGGCCCUGUGAGACAUUGCCCCUCCUGCGCCGCGGCCGGACUCGGGGCCCUCGCGUCCGUUGUAAAUAGUGUGUAUUUAGGACUUGGGGAAGAGAAGACGAGAGGGGGAGGG